AUGGAAACCCUUCGAAAAACAUUCCUCACACUCUCGUUGUUAUCUUCAAUUUUCUCAAUAGCCUCAUCAAGGAGUGCACCAGCUUCAUCCAGCAACAUAGAGUGGUGGUGCAAAUUAACUCCACACCCUAUGCCAUGCAAACACUACAUUAGUACUCAAAUAAUGACGAAGCACCAUUUCAAAAUCAAGCACAAAAUUGAGUUCCGGGGAAUGCUUGUUCAACUGGCCUUAGACCAAGCCCUAAUCAUGCAGAAAGAAGCAAAUGACUCUGACCAAAACAACAUGUCCACAAAGAAUCAUAGAACAGUUCAUGGUGAUUGUUUGAAGCUCUAUGAAAAAACCAUCUUCCACCUCAACCGCACCCUUGAAUGCUUGCAUGUGAAGCCAAACUGUUCACCAGAUGAUACACAAACAUGGCUCAGUGCUGCUCUCACAAACAUUCAAACGUGUGAAACUGGCACUGUUGAUCUUGGUGUUCAAGACUUGAAGGUUCCCAUUGUGAGCAACAAUGUUACUGAGAUGAUAAGAAACAGCUUAGCCAUCAACAUGGAUUUUCUGAAACAACACAAAGCAGCUCAAAGUUAUGAUCAUCAUAACAAUCACACCGCAGAAAAAACACAAGAGAAUGUGUUUCCAAGUUGGUUUUCAACGCAUGAGAGGAAACUGUUGCAGUCUUCAUCGGUGAAAGCGCAACUUGUAGUGGCAAAGGAUGGUUCGGGGAAUUUCAGGACUGUGCAAGAUGCUCUCAACGCUGCUGCUAAGAGAAGAACCAUGACGAGGUUUGUGAUAUAUGUGAAAAAAGGGGUUUAUAGAGAGAACAUUGAGGUUGCUGUGAACAAUGAUAACAUCAUGCUGAUUGGUGAUGGAAUGAGAAAUACUAUAAUAACCAGUGGCAGAAGUGUUCAAGAUGGUUAUACCACUUACAGCUCUGCAACCGCAGGCAUAGAUGGCCUUCACUUCAUUGCCCGGGACAUCACCUUCCAAAACACCGCCGGUCCUCACAAGGGUCAAGCGGUGGCGCUCCGGUCGGCCUCGGAUCUCUCGGUGUUCUUCCGAUGCAUCAUCGCCGGCUACCAAGACACCCUGAUGGCUCACGCGCAGCGCCAAUUUUACCGGCAAUGCUACAUCUACGGCACGGUGGACUUCAUCUUUGGCAAUGCUGCGGUGGUUUUCCAAAAUUGCUACAUUUUUGCAAGAAGGCCCUUAGAUGGCCAAGCAAACAUGAUCACGGCCCAAGGUCGAGGUGACCCAUUUCAAAACUCUGGAAUUUCGAUCCAUGACUCUCAAAUACGGGCAGCACCAGACCUCAGGCCCGUUGUUAACCAAUACAACACAUUCUUGGGUAGGCCAUGGCAACAAUACUCUAGAGUUGUGGUCAUGAAGACAUUCAUGGACACCUUGGUGAGCCCAUUGGGUUGGUCACCGUGGGGUAAUUCUAACUUUGCCCAAGACACACUUUAUUAUGGGGAGUAUCAAAAUUAUGGGCCUGGAGCUUCUACAACUAAUAGAGUAAAAUGGCCCGGUUUUCAUGUGAUUACAAGCCCAGCUGAAGCAUCCCAGUUUACAGUCUCUCGUCUCCUUGCAGGCCCAACAUGGUUGCCUUCUACAACCGUGCCAUUUACCUCUGGUCUCUGA